AUGAAGUUUUUACUCACUGUGUUGUCCACCUUUAUCAUGGUCAUUUCAAUGACAAAUCAAGCAUUUGCUACUCUUUCAGUAGAUGUUUCUUCUUUGACAUCAGUAGCUGCUUUCAGUUGUGCUAAAAAUUUAGGCUAUAGCACUGCAGCAAUACGUGGUUACUUUGAAGCCUAUGGCAAUAAUCCUGGUGGUGCAAUUGAUUCUAAUUUCUUAAAAAGUUACGAAAAUGCUAAACAAGCUGGGUAUACCGAUAUUGAUGUAUAUAUGUUUCCCUGUACUGGAAGGUCGACCUGCAAAACACCUCAACAACAGGUUAAUGAAUUGGUUAAUUUGAUUAAUACCAAUAAGGUCAUAGUUCGAACUGCCUGGCUAGAUGUUGAAGUGGAUAAGACUUCUGGUAAUUGGAAUUUAGGUCCGGCUAAAAAUCAAGAAAUAUUGAAAGAAUUCUUUGCUGCAUGGAAAUCUACUGGCUGGAAAUUUGGUAUAUACUCGAGUCAAUCUCAAUGGGAAGCAAUUACUGGUGAUAAAAAUUGGGUUUUAGAUUCUAGUCUUCCAUUAUGGUAUGCUAUUUAUGAUAAAAAUUCUAGUCUAAAUAAUUAUAGAGCUUUUGGUGGAUGGACUCAAGGUACAUGCAAACAAUAUGACGGUGAUGCAAAGUUUUGCGGUGCAAGUUUUGACAAGAAUAUUUGUAAAUAA